CCUACUCCUGCAACAAGCUCGAGCUUAAUCGAACUUGCACUCCAUUACACGAUCAACCAAAAUCGACGAUAUCGAUACGAUGUCGGACCACGAAGAUGUGCUGGAGAGCGAACCUCCCACUAUUGACCCAUAUGAGGUUUUGAGCCUCGAGAGGACUGCGACGAGCGAUGACAUCAAGAAAUCUUAUCGAAAGGCUGCGCUUAAGAACCACCCAGAUAAGGUGCCAAAAGAUCAGAAAGAUGCUGCGCACGAGAAAUUCCAAGCUAUUGCGUUCGCCUACGCCAUCCUCUCUGACCCCGCCCGUCGCAAACGGUAUGAUGAGACUGGCUCGACUUCCGAAUCGAUCGUAGACUCCGAAGGAUUCAACUGGAGCGACUACUACCGAGAGCAAUAUAAAGAGUCUGUGUCGGGCGAUGCGAUCGAGAAGUUUGCCAAGAAGUACAAAGGCUCUGAUGAAGAGAAGGGAGAUGUGCUCGAUGCGUACGAACAUUGCCAAGGCGACAUGGAUGCGCUGUACGAGAGAGUCAUUCUAAGCGACGUUUUGGAGGACGACGAACGUUUCCGUGAGAUCAUCGACACGGCCAUCAAGAGCAAGAAAGUGCCCAGCUUCCCGGCCUACACAAAAGAGUCGAAGAAGAAGCGAGAGGGUCGUGUGAAGCAGGCCCGGGCUGAAGCUACGGAGGCUGAAGACUACGCAAAGGAGCUAGGUGUGCACGAUAAGCUCUUCGGCGGCGACAAGAAGAGCAAAAAGAAGAAGGGCAAGGGAAAUUCAGAGGACGACCUGGCAGCACUGAUCCAAAAGAGACAGCAAGAUCGCUCAGAGAGUUUCCUGGAUCAUCUCGCCGAAAAGUAUGGUGCCAAAGAGAGCAAGGGCAAAGGCAAGAAGGGCAAGAAGCGGCCUGUUGAAGAUGAGCCGUCGGAAGAGGCCUUUCAGGCAGCUGCUUCUCGUCUGAAGGGCUCGAAGAGGUCGAAACGGUAGACUCCAGGUGGAUUGCAAUAUCGGAUUGCGGUAAUGUGGCUAUUGGGUCAAGAGUUUUGGUGUUUGGGCGUAGGUUAAGGCAAGGAUACACUACUAGGACAAGGAAAGAAUUUAGAGACUGAGAAGAAUUGAAUUACUCAUAUUAAGCUUGCA